AUGUCCUUUGGUUCUAUAAGUCCACCAGAACGUCUAGAAAGCUACGUCAAUAACCUUUCAAUCAGUGAGAAGCUUUCGCCGGAGACAAAAAAGGCAUUUAUACCUUGUGACAGAAGCAUUAAUAGUAAUCGAGAUAUAAGAAGUUCAAGGCGACCCAUCUUGUCGUCAAGUCUAUCUUCAGAUACUCAUCAGCAGCAUCCUGCACAGUAUUUGCAGCAGCAUCAGACACUGUAUUUGCAACAUCGCCCCAUUUUUCAUAUCAAUGAAUGCAAGAAUGACGAUACAAAUGAGAUUAGUAGUAGUAGUAACAGCAAUGUUGUACAUUUAAUGGACCAUCCCGAACCGCAACUACUAGCCAGCUCAGUUGGUAAAGGUAUAAAUGGGAGGAUAAUUCCAUCGUCGUCAACCAUUUCCUUGUUGUCCCUUAAUCAGGAGUUUCCGCCAAAGUUUAUCCAUCCAAAUAAUCAAACUGCUGCACAACUGCUGCAACCGGCAACUCUGCUAGCCAAGAACUUGGAAACAAGAUCCUACCUCAAUCUACAAAGACUACAACAGUACAGCAAAACAGCGACAACACCAACAACAACAGCAGCGACCACCUGCAGCAGCAGUAGCGGCUCUUUGCUCGCUUAUCUUAAUCACCCCAACUCAGUAGAAUAUGUGACAAUUCAGCCAUUGCAAGUGUCGAGCUCUGUAGCGAACUCGAUGCCGAGCUCGCCUAAUCUAGACCCAACAUCAAUAGGAGGCUCGCCAUCGAGGUUUUGGCUUUCUUCUCAAACUCCGCCUAUUGGUGGAAUCAAUAGCAACAAUAAAAAGCCAGCACAUCAGUUUCAAACUCAAACUGCAAAGCGAUGGGGUGGCAAUGGGGACAUAACUGGAGACGACUCGCCUAUUUUGAAUCCAGUUCAAACGCCUCUUGACGAUCCUCCAAUGACUCCCUUACUUUUAACUAACAAAUCAAUGGAUUAUUUUGGACAUUACUACUCGCAUAACUUACAAGAUCUAGGCGAAAGGGAAAGAGACGAUACUUUUGCCGGUGAUGAUGGGCAAUACGAAGAAAGAAUAAAUUUGACAAUAAACAGAUAA